CGCUCCCGCGCCGCCUGUUGCUCCCUCCCUGUGCCGCUUCCUGCCCGGUGCCCAGCGGUAGGCGGCCCGAGAGGGUGCCAUCGCGUGGGCAGCCCUCUUCCUCCCCCACCCCGCGCCAGAGCGUCCCGGAGAGCGCGAACAGAGCCAGCCUCCCGGUGCACCCUGGACCGCGCGCCAAGACCCCGGGCGCAGCGCCGCGAUGAACGCGACUUUCCUGAACCACACCAGCUUGGAUGAGGUGGGCGGAGUGGGCAGCGGCGCCGGGGCGGCCCUGGGGAACCGCAGUCACGGGCUGGGCACGUGGCUAGACUGCUGCUCCGGGGGCGCGCCGCUGGCCGCCAGCGACGGGGUCCCGGCGGGACUGGCUCCAGACGAACGCAGCCUGUGGGUGUCGCGCGUGGCGCAGAUCGCCGUGGUAUGCGUGCUGUCGCUCACCGUGGUCUUCGGCGUUUUCUUCCUGGGCUGCAACCUGCUCAUCAAGUCCGAAGGCAUGAUCAACUUUCUGGUGCAAGAGCGGCGGCCCUCCAAGGACGUGGGCGCCGCCAUCCUGGGGCUGUAUUGAGCACCACGCCUGCCGCCUUCGACAGAGCUGCUGCGAAAAGGGAGACCGGGACCCCCGUCCCCCUCUCCGCUCGGCCGCCGCCGCCGCGCCGGGACAGCAACAUGCCUCCGGGCACCAGUGCCUGGACAC